AUGGCUCAGCCUCAGGCUGCGCGCAACGGCCACGGCGACGCGCACCCUGACCCCGGUGCCAACGGCGGAGCGAGGCGGCACUCGGGCGACGAGCAGUCGGAGGACCCAGCCAAGUCAUCCUCCCCUGUACCUUCUCCUGGAUCGGACGACGGCCGGGCGAGAGGACGGUCGCGUACGCGCGCGCAGGGUGCCCCGUGCGUCGAGUCCAAGACGAAGCGACAGGGCUAUCACGGGCUCGUCUCAUCUUUCGGCAAGGUGUUCCACGUCGAGAAACGCUGGAAGCUCAUCCGCGAGCUCGGGUCGGGGGCGUAUGGCUUCGUAGUCUCCGCGGCGGACGAGAUCUCUGGAGAGCCCGUGGCAAUCAAGAUGGUCACCCGUGCGCUGGACAAAGUUGCGCUCGCCAAACGCGUCCUCCGGGAGAUCACCAUCCUCCGCCACUUUGCGCAUGAGAACAUUACCGGCCUCAUCGACGUCGACUGUUCAUCCGACCUGAGCGAAAUGCACAUACAUCUUCAUGGAGCGGAUUUGCACCAGAUCAUCAAGUCGGGACAAGCCCUCACGAACGAGCAUGUUCAAUACUUUGUGUACCAGGUCCUGCGAGGGAUGAAGUACAUACACUCCGCCUCAGUGGUGCACCGAGAUCUCAAGCCAGGCAACCUACUCGUCAACGCGGACUGCGAGCUGAAGAUUUGUGACUUCGGCCUGAGCAGAGGUUUCAAUUCCAAGCCUGACGAGAAUCCGACCAUGAUGACGGAGUAUGUCGCCACUCGGUGGUACCGUGCUCCGGAGAUCAUGCUUGUUUACAAGGCGUAUAACACUGCCAUCGAUGUUUGGUCUAUAGGGUGCAUUAUGGCAGAGUUGAUGACAGGGAAGCCUCUGUUCAAGGGGAAAGACUUUUGUGGGUAUGAAUCUCUGUCAGCAGCGUGCUCACACUCUUCAGUUGACCAACUCAACAAGAUCCUUGACGUCCUUGGCACACCUGACGACGAAGUGAUCACUCGAAUAGCCAGCCCGAAGGCGCAAGCAUACCUCCGUUCAUUACCAUGGAAGAAGAAGGUUCCGUUCGAGAAACUGAUACCCAUGGCGGACCGGCAAGCGAUCGAUCUUCUGUCAAAACUCAUGGUCUUCGAUCCGUCAGCUCGCCUGACAGUGGACCAAGCAUUAGAACAUCCAUGGCUAUCAGCAUAUCACGACGUGGCCGACGAACCUUCAUGUCCAGAACCUUUCGAGCGUUGGCAGGAUGUUGAGAAGCUUGAAACCCUUGACGACUUCCGAGAAGCGAUCUGGAACGAGAUCCAAGACUACCGCAAAGAAGUCCGAUCCGUUUAUUACGAUGCACAGGAAUCGCCCGAACGCAGCCAGGAAAGCCGGUGGCAUCCCCCAGAUAUCCCCUCUCCUCUACCUGAAGAAGAGUCGGACACUGAAGUGCCAACUGACGCAGCAGCUGAGGUAUCAGAAGCAUUGGCUCCACCAUUCGAGAUUCAACCUCCCGAAGAGCCCGCGCCCGCGCCCACGGAGUCACCGGAAGUGAUGAAGCCUCGAGACGUCGCCUCUCCAGAAUCCAUCGGCGUCAAUAUCGAAACUCGAACGCUCAUCGGAACGGCCGCAAGGAGAUCCUGUCUCGUGUACACUCGGCGGUCGAGUUUCAUGCAGCCCUCCAGGACGAACUCUGUGUAUUCCACGUACGCCGGGCGGAGCCGCCACUCGUCAAUCGCGCACCCACCCGAUGCGCGCUCCGUCUUCGAACGGCUACCGACCUCCGCUGGUGACGAGAGCAGCGUCGCGUUUCCGUCGCAGCCACAAGGCGAAUACGUGGUUCCGGCACGCUCGCGCACAGCGUCCUCUUUCGGGGACACGAUGACGCGACGGAUGCUCCGCACGCUCUCGACGGUCUCGAUCUACGAGAGCGGCGAGGGUCUUGCGGGCGGCCUUGCGGACAUUGCGCCCAUUGGGAAGUUCAUCGUCGAGCGUGACGAGGGGCUGCCCUCGGAGAUGCCUCACGAAUUUGACUCUCACACGCACUCCAACUCCAACUCCAACUCCAACGUAGGUUCGUCACCGAGCGGGAAGGCCGAAGAGCGCCAAGGCCGGAAAGAGGUCAGAGACGAGAAGGACAAGGCACGGUUCCACAUACACGCCUAA